AAUCUGCAAGUCAAGAGCCAAUCCAGGUUUCCAUGGUACCAGUAUCCCUGUCGAAUGGACGCCACGGCAACGGCGGGGGCGACGAUGGUGACCAUGGCGACAGUGAUGAUGACGAGACACCGGCAACAUCGCCCACGCCGCUCAUCAAGAAUGGUGGACGGAGCACGGCAAAUCAACACAUGGGCCUCUGGAUGGGCGUGGGCGUGGCCGCUGCACUAGUCUUAGUCACCGCGGUUGCCGCCUUGAUUUAUUUCCGACGGGUCGAAACCGGAAAGUGUGUUGUGCAAGCAGAUGGUAGGUUUUUGAGGCAUGUCACUGUCGUUGGUCUUCCAUCAGUGGAGUCUGUCCUUGACAACACCCAAACCAGCGAGGCUGAGCCGCAGCUGGAUGACGACGAUAAAAGUCUCGUGUGCGAAGAGCAAUACGCAUGCUGUGAGGAAACGUUGACGGCAGCCGAGGCCAGUUCGACAAUGGCCAGCAGUUCGAGCAGCAAGCGGCAACAGUUCCGCGGAGCGUUCACACUGAACUUGCGGCCUAACAUCACGGUGGAUGAAUCGCUCGAUCUGUACGCCAUGCCGGACAGAGAUGCUACGCAGCACGCCAGCAGCAGCAGUAACAGGAGAAAUGUUUCGCAGUCGUCUGCAUGGUCGCAGGACAGCAGUCGGAAGAGGCUGCGUGCCAGCGUCACCGAUACAGUAGCCACAACCGCAUCCUUGGCCACGUUUACAACGGACGCAUACAAUGGAGCAGAGAAUAUCUACGAGGAGGACGUAGCCGCUGCUGUGUUUGAUGAGGGAAAUGAGUUCUAUCUGGGUGAUUCCCCGGCGCCUUCCCUGACUGGAAAAUUCGCGGGCCUAUCUGUUUGUAUGGUAGCCGCUGAUGAUGCUGCUGCUGCAACUGAUGCUAGCGACAAACCGUUGGAUUUUGGGCCUCUCCAUGUCGCUCCAGGCAGCACACACACCACUGAUAUCCACCGCAAGGGUACCGGCAUUGGUAAGCAAGAAAACAUGUACGUUGUUGAUGACACGCCUGCACUGACAGAUGGGGUUGUGUACGGCAUGCCCAUAGACGAGGUUGUGUACGGCACGGCUCUUGAAGACAGCGCCGGCAGUGGCCUAGCCGCGGACAGAGUGACGACUGCGGGGAAUCUGUAUGAUGACACACCUGCACUCACAGAUGAGGUUGUGUAUGGCACGGCUCUUGAAGACAGCAUCGGCAGUGCCAUAGCUGCGGACAAGGUAACGACUGCAGGGAAUCUGUAUGUUGUAGAUGACAUGCCUGCACUCACAGAUGGGGUUGUGGACGGCACACCUCAAGGCGAGGUUGUGUAUGGCACGGCUCUUGAAGACAGCAUCGGCAGUGCGGUAGCUGAGGACAAGGUAACGACUGAAGGGAAUCUGUAUGUUGUAGAUGACACACCUGCACACACAGAUGAGGUUGUGUAUGGCACGCCUCAAGACGAGGUUGUGUAUGGCACGGCUCUUGAAGACAGCGUCGGCAGUGCCAUAGCUGCGGACAGAGUAACGACUGCAGGGAAUCUGUAUGUUGUAGAUGACUCACCUGCACUCAAAAAUAAGGUUGUGUACGGCAUGCCUCAAGACGAGGUUGUGUAUGGCACGGCUCUUGAAGACAGCAUCGGCAGUGCGGUAGCUGCGGACAGGGUAACGACUGCGGAUGCUCUCACUGCUCCGUCCAUCAACAAUGCCGGUGACGUGUUAGCAAGAAAGAGAACGAUCCCCAUAGGGUCGUUGUCACGUGCCAAACCCGUCAGUGCAAGUUCAUCAAACGGCGAUGUGGGCACCAAAGGGAACAUUUACGCGAUAGACACAUGGCCUGCAGGUGGCAGCAGCAGCACCGGGUCUGCCGUUUCCGUUGCUGCUCUGGACACGCGUACGUGCAAACUCUCUGUCUCGUCUAGCAGCACUGCACCGCUGUUUUCCACUCCGCCUGCCAUUGGUGUAGAUACGUGCUACAGGGAUGUCCUCUUUGAGGCGUCGAGACGAGACACCUUCGCAGAAGCAGCAGCAGCAGCAGCAGCAGGAGGAGCAGGAGGAUCGUGGCCAGAAUGUAUCUAUAGCGACGCAGGUAGCGGCUAUGGCGACAUAGACAGUGCCUAUGGUGAGGUAGGUAGUGCCUACAGCAGCACCAGCAGGCGUCAUUCCGUUGUCACGGAGACGGCAGAGAGAAGCAACGACCAGUACGGGUGCGUUGCUCCGAAGCGCCUGCGCCCCAGCCACCGCAACGAGACCUAAGCAGACUGCAAGCACGUCUUUACACAGCAUUCUUCCUCCCAGUCAAUACUGAAUUUAAUCUUUCCAAGAUCGGUGUAAAUCUUUUUUCCUCUCCUAGGCUAGAUUUGUGCGAUCUUUUCAGCAACUGAUAGGAAUUAGGGAAAGUACGAUCAGGGGCCAAGAACUGGUUACCAAUGCAACUGUGCACAGUAUGUCACAUAUGAAUCUGCAUGGUUUUUAAACAGCACUGUCACCCUGAUCAGGUCAGCAUACCUUUAACCAAUCAAGACAGUCCGAUCUCACUGUCCCUAGCAGUAAAUCCAUCUAUCUCACACACACACA